AUGGCUGUAACGGGUAAACGUGGUGUGGGCAUCCCCACGAUCCUACUGCACGACGGUGAGGGCACGAUCGUGUCCAUUGAAAUGAAGACAGGAGAGACGUAUCGUGGUUUGCUGGAUGAGACGGAGGACAAUAUGAAUUGUGUCAUGAAAGAAGCUGUUCGUACUGACAUCAACGGCAAUACCACUCAAGUGGAGCAAGUUUAUUUACGUGGCAGCCAGAUCCUCUUUAUCUGCACGUUAAAGCAUGCACCGAUGUUUAAACGAGUCAAAAUGUGGAAGAAACACAAGGGAUCAAUACCAACAUUGGGACAAGGAGGAGUUGGAGGCGGUGCGCCAAGAGGCCAAGCCGCUGCUAUCAUCCGGAAGGCUCAAGAACGGAAGGGUGGAUUUUGA